AUGACUGCAACCUUGUUGGCAGAGCAUGGUUCAUUUCUGCAGCUUUGGGGAUGCGUGUGGGCCCCCGCAUUCCUCUCAAUGGGGUCGACAAAUCAACAUCCCCAUGGAGUCCCGCUAGCGGGUUGGCUACCUAAUCCAAUGUCGAACGCGGGCUCGUGAAACAGGUGUUGACAGCAAGUGUGAGCGACUGGUAUAAGAGGAAGGUUGCCGAUCGUACUUUACUUCUCUAGCACUCGUGUAUUUAUGCGUCUACUCUCGAGACGUCAGUGUUACCAAGAACUGCAUUUGACAGCGGUUAGGAACGAGAAGACAGUGUCAAAAUGGAUGCUACCAAUCGCAACGCGUCUGUCACGUCAGCACAGGUCCGAACCCAGGCUGCAUACAAGAACAGGUGGAGGACUUUGCUCAAUAACCCAAAGCUCCUGAUCAUUGCCUUCUUUGCCUCGUUUGGAGGGUUUGAAUAUGGCUAUCAGCAAGGAGUUUUGGGCCAGUCCCUCGUCAUGACCCGAUUCAAGGACAACUUCCCAUCUGUGGUCAACUCGUCGUCAGCUACUGGUUGGUUGACCUCCAUCCUACAGCUGGGUGGAAUUUUGGGUUCGCUAUCGGCUGGUGUGCUCGGUGAGAUCUUCUCGCGCAAAUACACCAUGUUCAGCGCCUGUCUCUGCGUCGUGCUCGGGUCGUAUCUUUACAUCGGCGCAAGUUACCACAAGCCCGGACUUCUUUACGCCGGUCGGUUCUUCACUGGUGUAGGAGUCGGUUUGUUCUCUGGUGUGGGUCCUUUAUACAACGCCGAAAUUGCCGCACCGGAACUACGUGGCCUGAUCGUGUCUUUCUACCAGUUUGCUACUAUUCUAGGAAUCAUGCUUUCGUUCUGGAUUGGAUAUGGCUCAAACUACAUUGGCGGCACUGGCGAAGCGCAGAAGAAUCUCGCGUGGCAACUCCCCUCCAUUAUCCAAGGUAUCCCGGCCGCUAUCCUUGCUUGCGGUAUUUGGUGGUUACCAUUCUCUCCUCGCUGGCUCGUCAAGAAGGGUCGCGACGAAGAAGCGUUAAAGACCAUCGGGUACCUCCGCAAACUACCAAUCGAGCAUGAGCUCGUCCAGAUCGAAUACAAGGAGAUCAAGGCCGAAGCUCUCUUCGAACAGCGCAACUUCGAGAAACACUUCCCUAAAUUGGCUGCCAAAGAAGCAGGCAGUCUCUGGGCCCGGGAAUUUGCUCAGUACUACCAAAUCGUCCGCACAUGGGACAACUUCAAGAGAGUCGCUACCGCUUGGCUCGUCAUGUUCUUCCAGCAGUGGUCGGGUAUCGACGCCAUCAUCUACUACGCAAGUAACGUCUUCCUGUCGCUGGGCUUGACUGGAGGCACGCAAGCUCUUCUCGCAACUGGCGUUACCGGUGUCGUGUUCUUUGUCAGCACCCUUCCGGCCAUGGCUGUGAUUGACAAAGUCGGCCGCAAGCCCAUGUUGAUUGUCGGCUCCGUAGUUAUGUUCUGCUCCAUGAUCAUCGCCGGAGUCAUGGUUGCGAAGUUCAGACAUGAUUGGGUAGCCCAUUCCGCGGAGGGUUGGAUCGUCGUUGCUUUCAUCUGGAUCUACGUCGGCGCUUUUGGCGCCACCUGGGGCCCAGUCUCUUGGACGCUUGUAUCUGAGAUAUUCCCGCUUUCUAUUCGCGCCAAGGGUGCCUCCAUCGGAGCUAGCAGUAACUGGCUCAACAAUUUCGCUGUCGCGUUCUUCGUUCCUCCGAUGCUUGAGUCCUGGGCUUGGGGAACCUACAUCUUCUUCGCCGGGUUCCUUGCCGUCGGUAUCGUAUGGGUCAUUUUUCAGCUCCCAGAAACUAAAGGUGCUACUUUGGAAGAGAUGGAUCGUGUGUUCGGGAGCCGGACUGGUGCCGAGGACGCUAUCUUGCUUGCUGAGGCUAGGAGAGAGAUUGGUCUGAGCAUGACACUUGAGGCAGAUGCGAUCAUGGCUGUCAAGCACGCGGAUCAGGUCCAUGAAAAGGGACAUGAGCGUGUUGAGGAAGUUUAGAAUGGGCAAUCCUCGAGAGAAUUUGGAUACUUACGAGCGCGCUAUAAAUUCGAUGCCUGAUCUAUUUCAGAUGGCCCAUGCACGUAUUGCACUUCACUUGAAGGGAGUUUGCAAUUGCCCGGGUACGUCAUCGGAUCUCAUAAUUCGAAAGCUCACCUUUGCCCAGUGCUUGAAGCCAUCUGGAUCAAGCUAUGUGGAGCGUCGGAGAGAUGAGC